UUACACAACGAAGGUACUUAUUAUUCUAUUGAUAUUUAUCUUGGUUCUGAUGAACAACAUCUUCAAGUUGAUAUUGAUACUGGAUCUUCUGAUUUAUGGGUUCCUUCGAAUAAUGUCGACUGUAGUGGUUGUACUGAUAGUGGGACAUUUGACCCUUCCGAUUCUUCGACUUUCACAAAUUUGAAUGAAAACUAUGAGAUUGCCUAUGAAGAUCAAUCAACCUCUCAAGGUUACUGGGGUACUGAUAAUUUUGGUUUUACUUCAGGCUCUCCUACUAUAAGUGAUUUACAAUUUGCUGUUGUUACUCAAACUUCGGUUGAACAGGGUGGUAUUCUUGGUAUCGCUAUUGAACAACAAGAAUCAACUUCUCUGGAAUAUCCUAACGUUCCCGUUGCGUUGGCAAAUCAAGGUGUUAUUGACAAACCUUCUUACUCUGUUUACUUGAAUAAUGAAGAUGCCACCACCGGUACUCUUUUAUUCGGUGGUAUCGAUGAAGCUAAAUUCAGUGGUGAUUUAGUCAAAUUACCUUAUUCCCCAGUAGUUGAUCAAUCAGCUGGAUUCUUCGUCGAAAUAGAUUCUGUUAAAUACCCUGAUGGAUCUUCUACCAGUGUUAAUGGCUACACUAUCUUUGAUACCGGUACCACUCUUACUUAUUUCACUCAAGAAAUUUUUCAAGAAAUUGGUGAAAAAUUCGGUGGUCAAUUAUACGUUACUCCAAAGGAACAGUAUUACGUUGUUGAUUGUAGCCUUGCCGAUGAAGAUGAUGUUCUUACUUAUGAAUUCCCCGGCGUUAGUAUUGAGGUUCCUUAUUCCGAUUUGGUUAUGCAACUUUAUUAUAGCAAUGGCCAACCAAGUGGUCAAUGUGCUUUGCUGAUUCUUCCUGAAAAUCUCAACAUCUUAGGUGAUAACUUUUUGAGACAUGCUUAUCUUUACUACGAUAUCGCAGAUCAGUAUAUUGGAGUCAAACAAGUGAAAUACACCAGUGAUUCUCAUAUUGUCUCU